AUGUGCGAUGCAGUAGGAGCAUGGGUAGAGGAGAUGUUUGAUAAAAACACGGACGGAAAACGAAACUAUUACUAUGGUUUCGUCGCACAUUUCCGUCGGGGCAUGACGCUGUACCAGCCGAUACGAAAUAUAAGAGUACGGUUCGCAUGGACAAUUUUAUGGCGCGUCAUAACUUGGCCGUAUGAUGGCACCGGGUGUAGAAUAACGGAAACCAAUGGUUUCUACAUUUUUCAAUGUCUAAUUGCAUCAUCGAGUGAAGAACGGGCGGCUGUAUCAUCGAAGACCUUAUUAAAAGGCGUUGCUCCCGUCGCCGGGAAACGACCUUCGUGUCCGCCGGCGGUCAUGCGGGAACACGGUUUUGGAAUAACGAAUAUUCCGACCAGUUGGUUCACGCUGAACGUGAACGAGAAAGCGAGGACGGGCGGUGGUGUUGCAUAUCCCACACCACCGCAUUUCCGUGCUUGA